GCAAUCUAACUCAUUUGAGACUUGCUUCUUACAAGGGAAGGUUUGACUCGCACAACGAAACAUCUGAAAUGAAACGCACUAAGUUACCGUUGACGCUGAUAGUAAUUUUUAGCUCCUUGUCUAUGUACAUCGAGCUCUCGUGUGCAAGGUCUUACAAGGACAUUCACCAUCUACUAACUGAUGACGAAAGGGAAAUGAUUUUUGGACAUCCAUUUGUAGAAUAUGUUCCAGAGUUCGACGUCUCCCAUCCUGUUCAAGUUGAUGAGCGAGGUAGAUUUUUAUCACGUGACUUGGCAAAUGGGAACGCUCGGCGAAAGAGAGACCUUGACGGUACCAAGUCGAAAGAACCCGUCUUCUUUAAGAUCUCAGCGUUUGGUCAAGAUCUUCACCUGAACGUCACAAUUAAUGAUGAGCUUUUUUCGCCCAAUUUUGAGAUCGAAAUUCGUAAUAACGGCACGUCGGAAUUUCAUUACGAGAUUGAUCAUUGUCAUUACACUGGACAGGUGGUUCCCAUAGGAGGAACUGGGAACAAAGUGGCCAUCAGCAACUGCGAAGGACUGCAUGGUAUGAUUCGCACGCCACAAGACGUUUUUAUGGUACAUCCUCUGCCCGAUCGACUUAAACUGGGAAAGAACAACACUCGAGCCCACGUAAUCCACAGAAGGUCUUUAUCACCCGCGCAUGCGCAGUCACUGGCACAGGCUCUCGAGGAUGAGAAAAGAUCUGAUAGCUGGUGUGGAGUGGAAGGCGGAGCAGCUGUUCAGCAGUCUGACGAAGAUGAUGACACCCAUACUAACUCCGAACGCUCUUUUCAACCGAGUGUAAAAAGAACCAUCGAGUCCAUGCUAGUGGUAGAGAAAGUGAUGACAAGAUUUUACGGUGUUCCUCAAAUAAAGAAAUAUGUGCCCACCAUGGCAAAUAUGGCUCACGGUCUCUUAGACGACGCUUCCAUUGGGGCUAACGUCAAAUAUGUGGUAACCAAACUGUUGAUUCUGCAAAAUGACGAGAGAGGUUUGGUUAUUAGCACACAUGCCGCCAGUACUCUGGAUAGUUUCUGUAAAUGGACAACAGGACAAAAUAACGCUGACGACAAAAGUCCGGACCAUUUUGACCAUGCAGCACUGUUUUCGAAGUACAAUUUUUGCAGAAACAAAGGAAAUGUACAAGACCAGGGUUGCGGAACGAUUUUAGGUUUGGCGCAAUUGAAGGGAAUGUGUAGACCAGACGUCAGCUGUACUCUAAACAAGGACACAGGACUAGGAACUGCGUUUACAUUGGCUCAUGAAACAGCUCACAAUCUCGGCUCUGAACACGACGGAGAGGGGAACAAAUGCAACGAUGGCGUCUACAUUAUGGCGACUAGGGCAAGUGGAAAAGUGACAGCGUUUGAUUGGUCGCCGUGCAGUAGGAAUUACGUGACAAAAUUUUUACAAACGCAGCAAGCUAAAUGUUUGAACGAUGACGAACCCAAGAGCAAAUUUGUUAUGCCACAAGGCUUACCAGGAAAGAUUUACGACGGAGAUGCUCAGUGUGUGCGCAUGUUCGGAGCAGGUGCCAAAGUCUGCGAUAUUCCGGAUUUAAAAGCGAAAAUGUGCGUCAAUUUACACUGCGAAAAGCCUGAUGGGUACUGCUCGUCAAACGAUGAACCAGCCGCUGAUGGAACCAAAUGCGGAAAUAAAAAGUGGUGCAUGCAUGGUCGCUGUGUAUCUAUAAAAAACAAGCCGGGAUACCAAGACGUGGAUGGCAAUUGGGGAGCCUGGAAACCAUGGAGUAACUGCUAUCCCCAAUGUGGCCAAGGUCUUAGCACGAGGGAGCGUGCUUGCGACAAUCCAGCGCCGAAGCGCGGAGGGAAACUAUGCCAAGGAAAAGCUAAGGAAUACAAGAUUUGUAACAACCCGAAAUGUCCAUCAAGCUUCGAAAAUCCAAGGAUGAAACAGUGUAAGGAUCACAGACAUGUACAGUUUCAAGGAGGCCCUUUUAACUGGAUCUACGAUCCAUACUAUGCACAAGGAAGUCCUAAGUGCGUUCUAAGUUGUGCCACAACUAACGGAGAUACCACAUCCUUUGGAAACGUCAAGGAUGGAACACCUUGCACUGACCAGCCUAACAGUGGUGUCUGUAUCAAUGGAAAAUGCCAGAAACCAAAGCCCAACAAAAGUAAGCCCAACAAAAGUAAGCCCAACAAAAGUAAGCCCAAUCCCAGCGGUGCUGCGAAGAAGACAACUUUUACAUACAGCAAAGUUCCACCAGCAGAUGAAUGGUAUGUCCCCAUCGCAACAAUUCCAGCUGGAGCAAGGAAUGUCAAAAUCGAAGAGGCGACAGCUUCUGAAAACAACUUAGUUUUAGAGGACGCUGACUACAACCCUGUUCUUGAUUACGACUCGUUCCUUGCUGAUUUUGGUCCAAAGACAUUCACAGCGGAUGGAAAUAAGUUUAAGUUCCGGAAAAGAAAUCAAAAAGAACUCGUCGAGGCUAAAGGCCCACUGACAAAGAGCUUUGCAUUACUGUAUGAGAAAGUGGACGAAUAUUCGAAAUAUACGGUGAAAUACGAAUACAUUAAACCUGAUGCCCAGUCCACAAGGAGUCUCGGCCUCGAUAGCGAUUUUCCUGAACUCGUCCGGGAGAUUUACGAGUUAGAUGAGGAGCUUGGGCAGGACGACGAGGGCUCAGGUGAAGCGAGGUGGGAGAUAGGAAUAUGGACUGAUUGUACAAAGAACUGCAAUGACGGCGAGCACGGAAUGAGAACACGAGAAGUUUUCUGUGUGAUAGAUUCACAAGGUGUUGAGCUGGAAGUUGACGAUAGCAAUUGUAAUGAAACUAAACCAGCCAGCGAAGAAGCUUGUGGAAAUCAGCCGUGCCCGGCAGAGUGGUACACAGUGCAUAUUGGACAGUGCUCAACCUCGUGUGGCCCUGGUGUCCAACCCUUGGAGGUGGAAUGUGUGAAAAUAAACUCUUCAGGUGAAACAAACUCUGUGGAUCCAAAGGAGUGCACUGACAUUAAACCACCUACACAUGUGGCGUGUAAUGUUGAGAAUCCUUGUGAUGGUCAGUCGGAUGACGAGGAAUAA